AGGAGCUUACGCCGUGGGAACAGUCCUGAGAUGAUCUUCAUUGUUACCUGUGAGCAGUGACUGACAGCAGCGGUGUCUGAGGCGGGCUGUGUCUGUGGACCAGGCGAUUCCAUCCGUCAGGCACUCGGACCUCUGGAAAAGGUGUCCGAGCUUCGGUUUGGGGCAGGUAUGGAUGAGAAAGGUGACCCGAGCAAUGACGAAGUGCCCAAGGCCAUCAAGCCCACCAGCAAAGAAUUCAGGAAAACGUGGGGCUUUCGAAGAACCACCAUUGCCAAGCGAGAGGGCGCUGGGGACGCCGAGGCCGACUGUCUAGAGCGGCAGCCCCAGCAGCAGCAGAGCCUCUCCUUGCGCCGCAGUGGGAGGCAGCCGAAGCGGACCGAGCGGGUGGAAGAAUUUCUUACGACGGUCCGACGAAGAGGGAGGAAGAAUGCGCCUGCCUCCCUCGAGGAUUCUAGUGAACCAGCGUCUUGUCCCGUCACAGAUGUGGAGACGGCGUCUGAAGGCAGCGUGGAGAGCACCUCUGAGGGGAAGGGCGGGCCCACGUCGGGCUCCACGGGUGAUAAGGAACGACCAGCCGCCUCAGCAAAGGCCAAAGGGGGUGAGGACGAGGAUGACACCUCUGACAGUGACAGCGAUGGGCUGACUUUGAAAGAACUUCAGAACCGCCUGCGAAGACAGCGGGAACAAGAGGCGGCCGACAGGCCCCCCAAGAGCCUCCAGAGCCGCCUGAGGAAGAAGCGCCGGGAGCAGGAUCCCACGCAGACCGUGGACGUGGAGGCGGGCAAUGCCACGGAGAGCGUGCUGCCCCGCAAGCAGGAGCCCGAGGCUGAGCAGGGUGCGGUGUCCCAGGCUGAGAAAGACUGUGGAGAAAGGGAGCUGGAAGGGAAGGCUCAGGGAAUCGAAGGUGGAGACUCCGGGGACGUGGGCAGGCAGAAGCCCGAGUGUGAGGCCUAUGAGCCCAACGCUCUGUACUGCAUCUGUCGUCAGCCACACAACAACAGGUUUAUGAUUUGCUGUGACCGAUGUGAAGAAUGGUUUCACGGCGACUGUGUGGGCAUCUCUGAGGCCCGGGGACAGCUUCUGGAAAGGAACGGUGAAGAUUACAUCUGCCCAAACUGCACCAUUCUGCAGGUGCAGGACGAGCCGGACUCCGGAAGCGCAGCACAGCAGGAGGCCAAGUGCGGGCCUGCCGGCGCGGAUGGCACGGACUGUAUGAGCAUGGGAACGGUGGAGCAGAAGUCCAGCGAGGACCAAGGAAUUAAGGGUAGAAUUGAGAAGGCUGCGAACCCAAGUGGCAAGAAAAAGCUCAAGAUAUUCCAACCUGUUGCAGAGGCUCCUGGUGCCUCAAAAUGUAUUGGCCCUGGGUGCUCUAACUUGGCGCAGCCUGACUCGGUUUACUGCAGCAGUGACUGUAUUCUCAAACACGCUGCUGCUACGAUGAAAUUUCUAAGUUCAGGUAAAGAACAAAAACCAAAACUUAAAGAAAAGAUCAAGACGAAGCCAGAAAAGCUCAUUCUCCCAAAAUGUAGCGUUCAGGCAGGCAUUAGAAUCUCUGCUAUGCACAAGAGACCGGCUCCAGACAAGAAAGAGAACACCGUGAAGAAGGCAAUGGUGGCCCCGUCGAGGAGUGAGGUCCUCAUGAAGGAAGCGACCAGUGAAGGCACGCCGUCCUGGGCAAGCGACCACAAUUACAAUGCAGUAAAGCCAGAACAGACUGCUGCUCUCUGGCCGCCACUGUUGUAUAAAUCCACGAAGGAGGACAGGCGGGUGGAGGAGAGGACCACGGCUCCUAAGAAAAUGGCCCCUGCGGGCCCCUCGGCAGGCAGCAGACAACCUCUGCCCAGAAAUCUCCUUCCAAAGAAGUCUCCACCCUUCGCAAACGCAGCGGCAGCCAAAGUGGCCAUCAAGAAGUCGCCCUCGGGUUUCAAGGGCCCUGGACCCAAGCGGCCCUGGCUCUCGGCCACCCCCUCGGCCGGCGCUCCUGCCGCCAAGCAAGCAGCGCUGGCGCCUGGGGCUGCCGCAGCUGCUUCCAAAAAGCUACCCAGCUCGGCCGCGUUGGCGGGGGCCAUCCGGAAGCCAGCGGCUGCCUCUGUGCCCUUGGCUUCUCCAGCCCCAGGACGCCUGGGGACCUCGAACCCUGCCCUGUCGCAGCCAAAUUCGCAAAUUCGGCAAAAUAUCAGACGCUCCUUGAAGGAGAUUUUGUGGAAAAGAGUCAACGACAGUGAUGACUUAAUCAUGACAGAAAGUGAAGUAGGAAAAAUCGCCCUCCACAUUGAGAAGGAGAUGUUUAACCUGUUCCAAGUCACAGAUAACCGCUACAAGAGCAAAUACCGCAGCAUCAUGUUCAACCUCAAGGACCCCAAAAACCAGGGGCUCUUCCAUCGUGUUCUGCGUGAGGAAAUCUCUUUGGCAAAACUUGUGAGAAUGAAGCCGGAAGAGCUGGUAUCUAAAGAGCUGUCCACGUGGAGGGAGCGGCCAACCAAGCCCGUGAUGGAGUCCAGAAAUAAGCUGCACAGUGAGAACAAGAAGACCGCCACUAAACAGGACCCUGUGCCCGACAUGGAGGACUCUCCACCCGUGUCCGACUCCGACGAGCAGCAGGAGUUGGUGCGGGCCAUGCCGGAGAAGAGCACCGCACCCCUCCUGGACGUCUUCAGCAGCAUGCUGAAGGACACCACGGGUCAGCACCGGGCUCAUCUGUUUGAUCUCAACUGCAAAAUCUGCACAGGUCAGGUUCCCUCAUCAGAAGAUGAGCCAGCUCCAAAAAAACAAAAGUUGUCAGCUUCUAAGAAGGAAGAGUCAAAAUCCAAGUAUGAGACCUCUCUCUCUGAGCCAGUUCUUAGCUCAGCUGAUGAAGCGAUACCAGAAACUCUGCCCGAAAAUGCCUCUGAGCCAGACCUAGAAAGUGCUUCUCACACGCACCCGGAGAGAAAGUAUUUCCCCGUGCCGCCAGGAGACAGCCACCCAGAAUCCUCCGCCCUGGAAGGCCCCUCCUGCCCAGCGACAUGUGGGGGCCCGGUGCUCACCACGGUCACGGUGUCCGGCCGAGACCCCAGGACUGCAUCUAGCGGGUCGUGUACAGUCACGGCCCCUGCAGCAGCCCGCCCAGAUGGUGCCCACCCAGCGGAACCCCGACAAGACGUCCUGAAGCCCACUGUGACCUCGGUGACGGUGCCCAAGUCCAUACUAGCUAAGCCGUCCUCGUCCCCUGAGCCCAGAUACCUCCUGCCGGUGGCGCCGCCGCGCGUCAGCCUCUCCGAGUCAAGGUCCCCUCCAGAAGGAGAUACAACCCACUUUUUGUCUCGACUCAGCACCAUUUGGAAAGGAUUUAUUAACAUGCAGAGUGUAGCGAAAUUUGUCACUAAGGCGUAUCCCGUGUCGGGGUGCUGUGACUAUCUCAGUGAGGACCUGCCGGACACGAUUCACAUUGGUGGAAGGAUCACACCCAGAACAGUUUGGGAUUAUGUCGGCAAACUCAAAUCUUCUGUGUCUAAGGAGCUGUGUUUGAUCCGAUUCCACCCCGCGACCGAGGAGGAGGAGGUGGCCUAUAUCUCUCUCUACUCCUAUUUCAGCAGCCGUGGCCGCUUUGGUGUUGUAGCUAAUAACAGCAGGCACGUCAAGGACCUCUACCUGAUCCCACUGAGUGCUAAGGACCCCAUUCCAUCCAAACUCUUGCCCUUUGAGGGACCAGGUAAGCGCCAACUUUGUGAGUGGUGACUGUGCACACCUGACCCCACACGUCCCUUUCCUUCCAACACCACGCGGGCAGAUCUGCCACCUCACCCAGACCGUGGCUUUCUAGCAGCAGGAACGAGGAGUGCAGAUGGAGCCCCGUUUAGCUCUAGAGCUCGGCUUCUGGGAUACCGGAGGGCGGCGCUAGAAAUGCCCUUCCUGUUGGCGUGAAUUGUCUUAGAAAAGUGACAUGAAGAGGGGAAAAUCCCACAGCGUCCAGCCAGCUGGUCAUGGCCUCAGGUCAGUGGAGGCCAGAAAAGGGCCGGACAGGAAGGUGAUCCUCACAGCUGGCUUGGGGGAUGCUUGUGCUUGCCCCGCAGCUCCGGGGUGGGCAGAUGCCAGGCAAGAGAUACAGGAAAGCUAUUCUGUGUUUGUUCAUUCCUUAGAAAGCGGUAUUUUUAGAAGAUUAUUUACAAAUUAGUUCUUUAAAAAAAAAAAAGAGCUCAGAUGUGUCAAGGGGUUGAGGGUGAUUCCAAAGGGGACAUGGUGUGUGAGGGGCCCACUCCUGUUAAGCCCUGAGAAGUCCACGUGACUGAGUACGCAGCUGGCAGAAGAUGCCCACAUUGAAGUGUCUCCUUGGUCAUGAAGUCCCCGAAGGACGGAGACACCGGAGAACGCACGGUGAACGCUCUCGAGGUGCUUUGUUGUUCUAGAGCCACGGCUGAACGCCAGGCCCUUGCUGGCGCUGCCUAGACCUGGCACCUCUGUGGCCCUGGCCCUGUCGCCAGUCCCGGCCAGUGUUCCCGCCACAGCCGCAUGCCGUACUCACCGCACCUAAACCGUAGCUAGGCCCAGCAGGGCUGCUCGGGCCAGGGCGCGCCACCCACACGCAUGUCCGGGUCCCGACCGGAGUGUGUUCUUAGCGCUUGAGCCGGGCUCGGUUGGUCCCUACAUGUCAGAAGCCGGCCCACAGUGCUGUGGGCUGGUAUCCGUAACUGGGGGGGUAGAUAGCUGCCAGCACACUCCAGCGAGUCACCUUAAUGCCGAGUACAGUUUAAAAGCAAAGGACUUGAGGGGGUCCUCUCGCGAACCCUUGGGGUGAAGAGACGCCCCCUAGCGGGUGGCAGAAAGAACCUUGCUGGAGGUUCUUGGCGAGCAGCUGUGUGCAGCGUGCUGGCCCGCUCCCCGGAUGACCGUCCUGAGUCCCCGAGGGUGAAGAGGAAGAAGCUGGCCUCCCAGGCCCUGUGAAGAGCCUCCAGUCAGUCACCAGCAUAGAAGCUCGUAUGGAGGAUGUAGCGUAAGCAGAAGCGUAGGGUUCCCUGGUAACACAGACACUGGGUGUUCACAGAGCCGCGGCUGAGAUCCGCAGCCUCCCUGAAGCCGGGCUAAAGCUCCUCCUGCCGCCCCAGCUGCGAGGUCCGCAGGGGGUGAGCUUCCCGGAGAUGUCACUGUCGGGAGCAAGCGGAGGCCUGUGUGGAGGUCCCGCUGGGUCAGGGCUGCAAGGAGCUGGGCUUGAUGCGGAGGCAGGAGCAGGCUCCCUGCAGUGGACAGGUGAGGAGACCCUCCAGCAGAGCCGCGGCGGGGGGAGCCCAGCUGGCAGAGGGGCGGGGGUCGCAAGGGACACUUCCAGGGUGACACAGGGACAAGGAGGGCGGUGGGGUGGGUGGCACGCGCCAGAUCCACUAAGCGUGAUGGCCACUGACCACCCGGACACGCUCGGUGACCGGCCACCUGCACUCCUGAAGCUCCAACACCACCCGAAGGGCUACCCGGAUGACCCACAGACUUCCAUCCACAGUAAAUACAGGACAGGAGGGAGGGCUUUAGAAACGUAGUCAUCAGUGAAAUUGUGCUUAUAAGCUUUUGAAGAUUUUUUGUAAUUUAAGGGACUUCUAGGUUUAACUGUAUUUAGCAUAUAUUUUUUUAUUCUUCUGAUACCCCUAUUGCCAUCAUGACCUGUGUGUAUUUUAUACACUUUCCUAGUAAACAACCUGGAGCCCCGGCCAGGUUCUCUGCCUGACCUGCGUCACGUACCCAUAGCGUGACUUGGCGCUCUUUAGAUCCAA